AGAGAACUGUCAGACAAGCAGGUACCGAAGCGCAUAAACAAACCUUCCGAGCGUCAUUUUCCUCCACUUGUUAGCUGUUGUGCUCGUGAUUUGUAUACCCCUCCAUUUAUCCCAAACCCCAAGCCCUCAAGAUGUCGAGCACAUCCCAGAAGCAUCGUAACUUUGUAGCCGAACCGAUGGGCGAAAAGCCCGUCACGGAACUGGCCGGGGUUGGCGACGUUUUGGGAAAGAGGCUAGAGGCGGCCGGUUUCGACCGGGCGUACACGGUGCUCGGCCAGUACCUAAUCCUAAAGAAAGACGCCGAACUGUUUAAGGAAUGGAUGAAGGAUACGUGCGGGGCAAACUCGAAACAGGCGGCCGACUGUUACCAAUGUUUAAGUGACUGGUGUGAAGAGUUUUUGUAAAUGCAUUUAGUAGCAGUACCCCUCGUUCCCGCAUUUUCCGUCUAAGCGAUUCUGUAAAAAGUUUCAAAGCGCCUUCCCCCAGGGUCGUCGUCGAAGGCAAUAUAGCGCGUUUAAGUAGCAUGCAUUCAAUGACAAUUAUUUUAAUGAUCAACCAUAA